AUGACCUGCUUCCGAGCACGCGACGAACCCCCAGCCUACGAGGAAACCGCAGGCUCCAGCUCAACUGCCAUCCCAGGCGACAACAAAACCCAGUUCCAAGAUGAGCCUCAACGAUCACAAUACGGGCUGAUUUCCUUCUCAGGGUACGACCGUGUUCGUCUCAUGCGUUUCCCAGAGUCUAUCGUACCACUUGUAUCGGAGACACUCCAGAAACACUGGCCGAAGGGCAUACAAAAUGUAAAGGCGUACUAUGAGAGUACGGAGUUCAAGUUACGGGGAAAUCCGUUCGAACACGGUAACGACGAUGAGAAGAUUGCCCUUCGUAAUGUUAUGUUAGGGCUUCUUGAUACGUUGGCCAGAGAAGGGUGGGGUGUACAUCCUGCUGCGGGGGGUUUGGGAAGGAUAGGGAAUUAUAAGUCGCUUGGGCAGAAAGAUAGCCUAAUAUUCAAACGCCAAGCCCCCCAGCAACUCUCCUGGAUGUGUAUCUCCUUCGACUCCGAAGACCUCAUGCACCUUAUCAAUGCACCCCACGCAUUGGCCUUAUCCCUGGUUUCAACCUUCGGGGACAGAAUCAAAAAUUGUAACCAGGAUCUUGUGACCGGGACGUUUGAGGUCAGGUUCCAAAGAAAGAUAUGGGCUAAGUCGUCAGACGAAGGAGCGGUGCUAAGUAGAGUGGCCAUAUUGGAUGUGCUUCAGUGUCUGGAGGGUCAGGGGUUUAGGUUGUGUUCAAGCUUGGAUAUCGACUAUGGCAACGGGGGCGAGUUGUAUAAGAGUAGUGGGGAGGCAUGGUUCUGUUGUCGGGACGGGGUUGACGGUGUGGGGGGUUAUAUUUAA